CAUAUAUGAAGGGGGCUUUGGUCUUUUCCCCAACUCAAACACCUCCAAAUCGCUAGCCCCAAUAUACAUUCUCGAAGACAAUGCCCGUCAACGCGAUCACGUCCCUCCAAGAAUUCAACGACAUCAUCAGCAGCGGGAAGCCAGUUGUCAUCGACUUCUGGGCAGCGUGGUGUGGACCAUGCAGAGCGAUUUCACCCGUCUUCGAAAAGUUUUCAAACCUUGAAGAGAACACGGGGGUGGAGUUCUACAAGGUCGAUGUUGAUAGCCAGAGGGAGAUCUCUCAAGAAGUCGGGAUUAAAGCUAUGCCAACAUUUUUGCUGUUCCAAGGCGGAAACAAAGUCGGUGAUGUUGUUGGUGCCAAUCCCCAAGCAAUCGAGGCCCUCGUUCAAAAAGGCUUCGCCAUGUAUAUGUACUUUCUUGUAACGGACCAUUGAAGCUUCCGAAAUUGUAAAUUUUGUCGACCGUGUCU